CCGCCCCUCCAGGUGCCGGAAGUCUGAAACCGGCAAACAUGGCUACCGCUUAUUUUCUCAGCCACUGUGCGAUUACCCUGGCAGCGUUCUUGCUCUUGUCUUUCCGCAGCGUGGCCGCUAGUCAGAUCGAGGAUCAAGCAGAACAAUUUUUUAGAAGUGGCCAUACAAACAACUGGGCUGUUUUGGUUUGUACAUCCCGAUUCUGGUUUAAUUAUCGACAUGUUGCAAAUACUCUUUCUGUUUAUAGAAGUGUCAAGAGGCUGGGUAUUCCUGACAGUCACAUUGUCCUGAUGCUUGCUGAUGAUAUGGCCUGCAACCCUAGAAAUCCCAAACCGGCCACAGUAUUUAGUCACAAGAAUAUGGAGCUAAAUGUGUACGGAGACGACGUAGAAGUGGACUAUAGAAGCUAUGAGGUGACUGUGGAGAAUUUUUUACGGGUAUUAACUGGGAGGAUCCCACCUAGUACUCCUCGGUCAAAACGUCUUCUUUCUGAUGAUAGAAGCAAUAUUCUUAUUUAUAUGACAGGACAUGGUGGAAAUGGUUUCUUGAAAUUUCAAGAUUCUGAAGAAAUUACCAACAUAGAACUUGCAGAUGCUUUUGAACAAAUGUGGCAGAAAAGACGCUACAACGAGCUACUGUUUAUUAUCGAUACUUGCCAAGGAGCAUCCAUGUACGAGCGGUUUUAUUCUCCUAACAUAAUGGCUCUGGCCAGUAGCCAAGUGGGAGAAGAUUCCCUGUCGCAUCAACCUGAUCCUGCAAUUGGAGUCCAUCUUAUGGAUAGAUACACAUUUUAUGUCUUGGAGUUUUUAGAGGAAAUUAAUCCAGCUAGCCAAACUAAUAUGAAUGACCUUUUUCAAGUGUGUCCCAAGAAUCUUUGUGUGUCUACUCCUGGACAUCGCACUGACCUUUUUCAGAGGAAUCCUAAAAAUGUCCUGAUAACUGAUUUCUUUGGAAGUGUACGGAAAGUGGAAAUUACGACAGAGACUAUUAGUUUGCGACAGGAUUCAGAAAUCACGGAAAGCAGUUAUAAGGAAGACCAGAUGGAUGAGGAAUUAAUGGAACCUCUGAAAUACGUUGAACAACUUCCUGUAGCUCAGAUAAUACACCAGAAACCAAAGCUGAAAGAUUGGCAUCCUCCGGGUGGCUUUAUCCUGGGUCUGUGGGCACUCAUUAUCAUGGUCUUUUUUAAAACCUAUGGAAUCAAGCAUAUGAAGUUCAUUUUCUAGGCUCAAGGAUGCCUGAAGAAGAAUAUAUGGAAGAGUUUGACCUUGGAUAAAAAUUUAUGUUCUUACAAAUACUUUUACUCUCAUGUAAGUUGGAAAAAAGUAUAAGGAAAUUAAAUUUUAAUAAACUAUUGAGUUUAUACCUACCUUAAAUAAAAAUAAUUGUCAAUUGCAAGUGCUUAUUGGCCACUAAAUAUAUUUCAGGUUUUCAUUUUGUGUGUUAUAAAGAAAUGGAAUCAAGAGACCUAGAUAUAGUGAUCGCUUAUUUUUGAAAACAGCAAUUUCCUCUUAUCCUCUUUUCAUUUGCAAAAGAAAAAACUUGUGAAAACAUUAAUUUCUCACUGAAAGACGUAACUUCUGUUGGUAAUUUUGUGUAUAUCCUCCCAAUAUUUUUAUUUAUGUACAUAUUUUCCUCAAAAUGGAGACUAUGUAGAAUAUAACAUUUUAUGACCUGUCUUUCCUGUUAUAUUAUCAACCUUUUCCCUCUCAUUGGGUGUUUUUCAAGAAUAUGUUAUAAAGGACUGCAGAGCAUCAAUGUAUUAAUAUGUAAUAAUGUAUCUGAUAGUCUUCUAUUGUUUGACCAUGUCCUUUGCUUUCAGUGUUUUCUUUUGGUUCAUUCUCUAAUAUAUUUUUUAUCUUUCUGUCAGUCAUCCAUGGAAUUCUGGCAGCUUUAAGUAGAAUAAAGAUAAAAAAUUGUGUCUUAAUUUAUGGUACCAACAGUUUCAAGAACUUUAUUUGCCGUCAGUUUAUUUGGAAAGUGUUAGGUCGUUGAGAAUUUCUCGUAUCGACUGCUCAGAGAAGCUCACAGUGUUAUUUUUUGUUUCCAACCAUUCUCUGAUCCGCUAGAAUUGAUCACUUCCUCUUCAGUUUUCACCUUGAGAGUGAAAGAGAGCUGAUAAGGACUUUAUUGCAUUCUGUUUAAGAUACAUCUUACCCACGGGCUGCACCUAUACUUUCCCUGAGCACAGUCCCAGAAAGUGGAUGACCUGCGUGGCGUGGCCUUCCUGUGGGGCUGAGGAAUCAUACAAGGCAGUAAGCAUGCUCCUAGUCUUUGAUAACGUGCAAGACCUUACAUCCUUGUCACGGCUUGUUUUAGCCUACCAUCCAUCUUCCGGUCUUUCUCAUGACUGGAAAUAGUAUUGAGAUUGUUCUUUGUGAUCAAUCCAGGAAUUGCUUCUUUUUGGAUGUUUAUGUUUAAGUUAGGAAAAUGCCUGUGAAUUCAGUAUUCAUGUCUCAGAGGACACCCUCAUGAAUUUAUCCAAAACACAUGUAUUCAUUUUUUUUCAUUGCAAAGAUCUGUUUUAUGAUUGCAGGUAACAUUAAGAAGUUAACUCUCUACAAUAAAACCUCUUGAUGUUACUAUCCCUCAGGAUUUACUUAUCUUUAUCACUCAAAACAUUAUCCUUUAGUUAUAUGCAAAAUCGUCAAACUUUCACAGGCAAAGUGGACUUGUGUUACCUCCCCAGCUAAAACUAAUGACUGAGGGUUUUGGCCAGCUCUGAGUCUUUAUUUUAAUUGAUCUUUCUAUUGGUGCACAGUGUAAAUGAAGAAGCAAAUUUUAUGUAGUACCUGGAAAGGAGGGAAAACAAUGUGAAAUUUGAGUAGCCUUACACAGUAGUGCUAAGAGACAAAGAAGUUUGACCCUGUCACCCUCCAGAUACUUGCACAAGGUCAUGAACACGAUGGUGGGGUGGAGCUAUUUAGAGUGGCAGCGGAAUUAUGAUUGUUCCCGUGCCAAAGUAAUUUAGUUUGAAUAUAAUGAAACACAUGUACCCUGAUGGUAAAGACGACUGCAGUGUAAAAAGAUCCCUCUUCUGAGGUUGCAGAAGGUGCCCUUCUUAGUUAAAGCCAAACUGGGAAAAGUAAUACUGGAUGUAAUGUACAGGAUUAAUUUUGCCUAGACAGAGUUUCAGAGCGCAAUUAUUUUUUCCUUCACUAUUGAAUUUUCAGAAUAUAGUUAAAGCAAAAAGCUGAAAAUCUGUUACAUAUGUUAGCUUCUAACCAUAAUCUUUUUUACAGAAAGUAUAUUCUGCCUCAAUAAUAAGUAAACCUUCUGCAUGUAUAAAUGAAUAUAUUUAGAAAAUCUUUAAGUACAAUUAAAUGGCCCAGACUUUUGACAAUAACAUGAAAGCGCAUUCUGUUUGAGUCACAAGGGGCUGAAACAAUGUAAAAGUAUUUUAUUUUUGUUUUUUCUCAUGGUGGUAUGGUGAGAAUGAGAUGAGGUAAUGUUGUAACUAAACAUUUUGGAAAUUGGAAGUAUAUGGUGGCAUUAUUCUUUCUUCUGCCUAGGAAAAUACCAACGGGGAGUUAAUGGUGACAGUGUCCCUCUGCUGUUGCACGCAGUUACUUUUUUAAACUACUCAGUGUGAUUCUUGUUCUCUUUGGUCUUCUUGUUCCCCUCCCCCAGGGUCCUUCAGGGAGAAGGGAUGGAGAUAAGUGGAUCCCAGCAGACAUUUCUGACAUCGCAGGGAGGGCCAGGGUAUAAUGAUGCCAUCCUGCGAAGGUAGCCCGGGUGAGAGAAAGAAACCAAAUGAUGUGGGUUUCAAAAUUACAAAAGACACAGAUGUGCAGUUCAUGAAAGGAAAAAUGGAUUUGAGAUAUGAAACUGAUUGAAUCGGAUCAGAAAAAUUAGAAUUAAGUGAAAAAAACAGUGCCUGCAUGUAUGGUUUCCAUUUUUCUGUAUUCUCAGCUAGUCAAAAGUGAUGACUCCCAUAACAAGCAUAACUCAAGUUGUUCCUGCUUACGGAGUAUUUUCUCCGGUGGUAUACGCUGAUAGCAUUUCUUCUAUUAUGUAUGUUAUAGAGCAGAGUUACAGUUAUUGUGGGAGUCAUCAUUUGAAAUUUUGACUCAUGAAUCUUUACAACAAAUGUUGCUUGAACACAGAACCUUUUUCAGUUGAUUUUACCAAAAUCAAGCCCAUCAUAGCAGAUGAUGUUUUAACUUGUGAAAGAAAUAUUUU